AGUUCUUUCGUUACCAGCUAAUGACAAUCACAAUGGAUUUAAAAGCAAAUAUUAAAUUUCCAAAUAUUUCUUUAUUCAAAAUUCACAAUAAAUAACAAUUAAACAAAAUUUACAAAACAAAAAACAAAAAAAAAUUACAAUAUAUUAAUACAUCAUAUAUUUUCACUAACUAAAAAAUGUCAAGCUUGUUGCCAAAUAUCACGGUAUCGCUCAUUCUGAAUAAGCUGUCAUUGUUUUAUUUUUGUGUCAUUUUGCCCGGCCGAAGAAAUAGUUACUUCAAUAUAUUUUAAUCAUUUUACUUGUUAAGUAGCACAGUUUCCGUUUCUAAUUAACACUUUAAUUAUGUAUUAAUUAGUGAAUGUAACCUUUAACAUAAAGCUACAAGAAACAAGAGUAAAAAAUGGCAGUGCUCGGUGCACAAUUAGUGCUUACACUUUUAACGUUGAGUGUUAUACAAAAGAUAAGUCCACAUUUUUCCUUCGCCAAGUGGUUAUUAUGCGCUACAGGCCUUUAUAGAUAUUUACAUCCUUCGGACGAUGAGCUGCGUACGCUAGCUGGUGUGCCAAAAGAGAAGCACACGAAAGGUGGCGGCAAAGGAAAUAAGGGAUAUGAGACACGAAAUGGCACAGGACAAUUUCAUAUACCACGUAACUUAGAAGUGCAACUGGAGACGACACCAGUGGUGGCACGUGAUGUUGUGCAUCUCAGAUAUUACACCGAAUACCAGUGGUUGGUCGAUUUCAGCGCUUAUGCAGCAGUUGUGUAUAUUUUAUCAGAGAUCUAUCACUACUAUUUUCCACUGAAAAAUGAGUUCAACCUAAGCAUGAUUUGGUGCCUGUUGGUUGUCUUCUUUUCGCUCAAACUACUGUCGUCACUUACAUGGUUGUAUUUUCAAAAUGAAGAAUCGAUCGGUGAACGUUCCAUGGUCAUAGUCGCCUGCCUAGUUUAUCUACUUAUUGCUAUGAUUGUGCUUAUCAUUGAUGAACGGCACCUUGAGACGGGGCUGGAGCAUGCAUAUAGUAGCUUUAACGCGAGCGCUUCACAGUUCCUUACGGCGCAGGGGUUGCCGUCAUCUGGUCCCGCAUCAAAGCUGAUUGUGAAGCUCUGCAUGGCAGUUUGUUGUGGCCUUUUAGGUGCAAUUUUCACCUUCCCAGGCUUACGCAUGGCAAAAAUGCAUUGGGACUCUUUGAUAUACUGCAGCGGGCGCAAAACUUUACAAUUACUACUCAACAUCAGUUUUAUCUUGCCUUUGCUGCUGAUAAUUCUCUGGAUCAGACCAAUAAGCAGAGAUUAUCUGACUGAGCGUGUAUUCGAGGGCAUGCAGGGACCUUUACUUUCAGUGGAGGCUUUUGAAACAAUGCGCCUGAUUAUUGUCGUUUUAGUAGUUUUACUGCGUUUCGCCUUAAUACCGAUAUAUUUGCAAUCCUAUUUGAAUUUGGCGCAUGACAAAAUUGUGGAUUUACGCAAGGAAGCCGGUCGCAUUACAAAUGUGGAAUAUCAGAAGAAGAUUUCCUCCAUAUUUUACUACCUCUGCGUGGUCACAUUGCAAUUCGCUGCACCGCUCUUGCUAUGCUUAUAUCUCACAUUGAUGUACAAAAGUUUAGGUGAAUUCACCUGGGCUGGCAUAUUAAAAAGUAGCAACAGCAGCAGCAUUUGCACAGAUAUGUGUCCGUUAAGCGAGGCGCCAUUGAUCGAAAGUGAAGUGGAGUUUGCAAAUACGACACCUUUGCCGCCAGUUGCCACAACAAUAUUGAGCAGCAUGCCGGCGUCUGAUAGCGGUGAACAUAUUCAUGGCGAGGAUUUCAAUAUUUUAGAAUCUGCAAAUGCUAUACAUGCGCAGUGGAUCAGUUUAAAAAAUGUUUUCAAUGCCGACGUAUACAAAGGUUUUCUAGGCUUUGCCAGCUGGUGGAGUUAUUUUACACUUUUCACCUCCUCAGCAUUGGGUAUUGUGUACCAAUCAUAUUUUAGCAAAACGUGAAACGGCACUUGAUUGACAGUCAAAAAUACAUAUUUAUAUAGUGUGAGACUUUUUCGAAUUUGUUAUAAUUUUGAAAUUUUUUUUUAACAUAUUAUGUCAUUUUCGGAUUGAUUAUAAUAUUGAAAGUAUUUUUUUAACAUAUUAUGUCACUUGUGUGCGCAUUUAGCAAACCUGUUUUAUUUUUUACGUUUAAAUUUAUAUUUCACUUAUAUACAUACAUAUGUACGUUCACACCAAAUUAAUAAGCCAUAAAUAAUUUAAUUUUUUUAGUUUUAAGUUGCAAGUAUUUUAUUUGACACGUGGUUGUUAUUUUUUGUUAAUUAAAAACUGGCAAUAAAAAAAUAUUUUAAAAAUAAUGGUAAAAUUACUGCUGUUAUGCUGCUCAACAACAAUAAC